AUGGUUUCCCUUCAACAUGUCAUGUCAGGGGCACUGGCAAUCAACACAACCGAAAUCACCCAGCCCAUCAUGAAGUUGUUCACUUCUGCCCUUCUUCUCAGCUCCAUCGCCACCCAGACUAUCUUCGGAUACCCUGGGGCGAGUGUGAUGAAGAGAGAUGUUGACUCCUUCAUCGCCACGGAAACCCCAAUUGCCCUUGCUCAGUUGCUUUGCAACAUUGGUCCUAAUGGUUGCCAUGCAGCUGGUGUGAGUUCUGGCAUCGUCAUUGCCUCCCCAGACAAGACCGAUCCUCCGUACUUCUACACCUGGACUAGAGACGCUGGCCUCGUGUUCAAGGCUGUGGUUGACAUCUUCACCAACAGUUACGACGCAAACCUGCAGACCAACAUCCAGAAUUACAUUGCCUCUCAAGCCCGCCUCCAGGGUGUGUCGAACCCUUCAGGAAGCUUGAGCGACGGUUCUGGCCUUGGCGAGCCCAAGUUUGAAGUGAACUUGACCCCUUACACGGGGGCUUGGGGACGACCUCAAAGGGAUGGCCCGGCUCUUCGCGCAAUCGCCAUCAUCGGUUACGCCAAGUGGCUAGUAAAGAACGGAUACUCCUCGACCGCUUCGUCUGUUCUUUGGCCCGUCAUCCGCAAUGACUUGAACUACGUCGCUCAGUACUGGAACCAAACCGGCUUCGAUCUUUGGGAGGAGGUUCAGGGAAGCUCUUUCUUCACAGUUGCCAGCCAGCAUCGGGCUCUCGUCGAGGGCAGCGCCCUUGCCAAGUCAUUGGGCCUUUCCUGCAACUCCUGCGAUGCCAUUGCUCCUCAGGUUCUGUGCUUCCUGGGAAGAUUCUGGUCUCCAUCGGGUAACUUCAUGGUUGCCAACAUCAACGGCAACGGCAGAUCCGGCAGAGAUGCCAACGUCAUCCUGGCCUCCAUCCACAACUUCGACCCGGCGGCCGCCUGUGAUGCUGCCACCUUCCAGCCAUGCAGUGACAAGGCUUUGGCUAGCCACAAGGUUGUAGUCGACUCUUUCCGCACCAUCUACACCAUCAACAACGGCAUCGCCCAGUCCGCUGCCAUUGCUGUCGGCCGCUAUCCCGAGGACAGCUACUACGGUGGUAACCCCUGGUAUCUUAACACAUUGGCCGCUGCCGAGCAACUCUAUGACGCUCUUUAUGUCUGGAAACAACAAGGCUCCAUUACAGUGACCCAGACUUCCCUGGCCUUCUUCAGAGAUCAGCUCGGCUCUGUCGCUCCUGGCACCUACGCAUCGGGAACCUCGACGUACACAUCGCUGAUCAAUGCGGUGAGCGCCUACGCUGAUGGCUUCAUGAACGUGGUCGCAACAUAUGCCCAGACCAACGGCUCUCUUGCCGAGCAGUUCUCCCGAAGCAACGGACAGCCCCUCUCAGCAGAUGACCUUACCUGGUCGUAUGCCGCGUUUUUGACAGCUGCCCAGAGACAUGCCGCUGUCAUCCCUCCUGGCUGGGUUGGCAGCGCUACUUCUGUUCCUGGCACCUGCGCGGCCACUUCCAUCGUUGGCUCCUAUACGAGCGCCACCGCAACCUCUUUCCCUGCCAACCAGACUCCGGGCACUGGUGUGCCGCCCACAGCAACGACAACUGGCCCUACUCCAACUGCUACAUCUUGUCCCGGUUCGGUGCUCGUUACUUUCAACGAGAGAGUUGUCACGCAGUUCGGCCAGACCAUCAAGAUUGUCGGAAACACUGCCCAGCUUGGCAACUGGAGCCCAGGCAGCGCUAUUUCUCUUAGUGCUUCAGGAUACACGUCUGCCAACCCUGUCUGGUCUGUGACGAUCGAACUGCAGGCCGGACAGGCUAUCCAGUAUAAGUACAUCAAUGUCGCCAGCGAUGGUACUGUGACUUGGGAGGCCGACCCUAACCACACUUACACCGUUCCCUCGUGCACCACAGCGGCGACAAAGUCUGAUACCUGGCAGUGA